AACCCCUGGUCUCUUCCUAUUGGUCCGUCUGUCGGGGGGCGAUGCUGAUUGGCAGGAUGGAGCAACCUGGAUCCUAGUUGGCGGAGCUCUCCCCGGAUGGAACCUCCGGCCGGGGAGUGAUGGUGGCGGCAGCGAAGAUGGGCCGGGCAGGGAGCAUGGAGGUGGCGGCAGAGGUGGCAGGGGCGGGGCGGCUGGCGGUGGAGGAGGCUGUGGUCUUCAGGGGGCUGUAGGUGGAGGCAUGGCUCGCGCCAGCGGCGGAAACAGCAGCGAGGAGGCCUGGGGGGCACUUCGGGCGCCGCAACAGCAGCCUCGUGAGCUGUGUCCGGGAGUGAACAACCAGCCCUACCUCUGUGAGAGCGGCCACUGCUGCGGGGAGACUGGCUGCUGCACUUACUACUAUGAGCUCUGGUGGUUCUGGCUGCUCUGGACUGUCCUCAUCCUCUUUAGCUGCUGUUGCGCUUUCCGCCACCGACGAGCUAAACUUCGGCUGCAGCAACAGCAGCGGCAGCGGGAGAUCAACUUGUUGGCCUACCAUGGGGCAUACCACGGCGCUGGGCCAGUCCCUUCCAGCUCACUGCUUGACCUUCGCCUCCUCAGCGCCUUCAAGCCCCCAGCCUAUGAAGACGUGGUUCAACGCCCAGGCACCCCACCACCUCCUUAUACUGUGGUCCCAGGUCGCCCCUUGACUGCCUCCAGUGACUGUACCUGCCCUUCCUCAGCGUCUAGCUGUCCUGCGCACUGCGUGGGGAUGACCCUGGAGGGUGUCUCCUCCCACCACAGUGCCCCCCCUCACCAAGAGGGUGAGCCUAGGGCCGGGGCAAGCCCAGCCCACACACCCCCCUUGUGCCGCUAUCGGCGCCUGACUGGUGACUCGGGGAUAGAGCUCUGCCCUUGUCCUGACUCCAGUGAGGGCGAGCCCAGCAAGGAAGAGGGGAGGGUGAGCACUACCCUGCCAGAUCUGGAGGACCACUCUGCUUGUGCACUGCCCCCUGAGACCACACCCCAGGUCCCUCCCAUGGGGCUGAUUUCUAGUGAAGGGGACAUCCUAUGAGUGGAUCACUUGCCCACCAGAAACAACCCUGGUUCCAACUCUUCCAGUCCUCCCUGGCCCCUCCCCGUCUUCCCAGAAUCUGCCUCAAGAGGCUGGAGCCCUGAGGAAAGAGCAGUGUUGGGGCACUGUGCUACUAUCUACCCACCUUUCCCCCAGCCAUACACAGGAGCCUUUGAUCUCAUUAAAGAGAUGUGAACCAGC